UCACUCAUACCAAGGCAAACAAAUCUAAUGGCGCGGAGCGGCUAGUCGUGUGGUUUAGUUCAAGGUUGCCUUUUGAUAGAAUGGUAGGAAGGCGUGCAUUUGGCCGAAUUAUGUAGUUUCUGAAUAUUAUGUUAAUUCUGUUUUUGUCUAAGUUGCAAAAUGUCACGAAGCCCGAGAUAUCCCAAUGAUGCAACCCAUCUUCACGUGAACGAGCUGGCAUCCAGAGUCGUCGCCCAGUCUGGAAGACCCGAAGACAGGUUCCAUCUGGGGAAACUCAUCUUGCAGAGCUUCAAAGAUGCACCGGAUUUUAUUAUGCAGAUUGAUGGAUCAACAGGGGAAUCGGUGACGUUCGCCCAGGGUCUGGAGAGGUCGGUGCGGUGUGCCACAGCAUUCCGAAACCUGGGGCUUCUGCCGGGUGACGUCAUGGUGCUCAUGUCUCCGAACUACUCAGACUUGGCCGCGGCAUUUUAUGCUGCCCUGUAUCUUGGCGUCGUCAUCGCUCCGGUCGAUAUGAGUUUGGCUGUUUUGGAGCUAAAAUACGCAUUUGAAGUGAACAAUCCUAAGAUAAUAUUCUGUAAAAGCGACAAAGCAACAGACGUUACCGAAGCACUCAAAACUGUAAAUGAGAAAACACUAAUCGUAACAUUCGACCAAGGGGACAAAUACAUGAGUUACCAAGAAUUCAUUAAGAAAUACUCAGAUGAUUCGGCUGUUGAAGAUUUUAAACCUAACGAUUUUGAUCCAGAAGAGACGACCUCCAUGUUCAUAACGACGAGUGGCACGACAGGUCUGCCUAAAGCUGCUGCCGUCUCACACAAGAAUUACGCUAUAGCACACCCUUACUUGUGGUCGCGAUUCACCAACUUUCCCACGCCGACCCGACUAGCCAUGGUGUGCACAACACUGCAGUGGAUGACGGCAGUGCUCAACUACCUCGCGUCCCCCAUCAUGAGGUUCACGAGGCUGCACUCCGAGCGACCUCUCACUGUCGACCACGCGUACCACCUCAUUAAUACUUAUAAGCCAACUUUCACGAUCAUGUCGCCAACCCUGUUGAUAAAUUUGAUAAACCCCGAAACCCGACAUAAGUGUGACUUCAGUAGUUUUGAGGUUAUCUUCACUGGAGGCAGCGCCGUGCAUCAGGAAUUAUUGGGCGAAGUGGAGAAAGUGAUGCCGAGCUGUGAGACGAGUAACUGUUACGGCAUGAGCGAGCUGAGCGGCGCCGUCUUCCACCCGCAGUUCCCGUCGCGGGGCUCCUGCGGGACUCCCGUAGGCUGCUUCCAGUACAGAAUUGUGGACAUUGUGACUGGAGAAGAAAUAAUCGAACCAAACGUCAAAGGAGAGCUGUGGGUCAAAGGGCCAACUGUUUUCAAAAGUUAUUACAACAAUCCAGAGGCCACGAAAGCGUCAAUCACUGAAGACGGAUGGUUCAAAUCUGGCGACCUGUUCUACAGAGACGAACAUUGGAACUUUUACUUCGUGGAUCGCAUGAAGCUUCUUCUCAAAUAUAAAAAUUAUCAGAUUUCUCCGGUCGAAGUGGAGAGUGUAAUUCUGCAACACCCUGGCGUGCGAGACGUGGUGGUUGUGGGCAUACCUGACAUAUCAUGCGGGGAAUUGCCCACCGCUUUCGUGGUCCGUAAAACGGGCAGCAACGUCUCUGCGCAGGAGAUCAAGGAUAUGGUUAAAAGUUUGCUUUCGGAUGCAAAACAAUUGAGGGGAGGAGUAAUAUUCAUGGACGCUUUUCCCACUACAGCCACGUCUAAAGUGCAUCGGAUGAAGUUAAAGGAGAUGGCUCUCACCAUGGACAGGGAAUAACGGGCAUCACAUCAGAUAUUUCUCGAAAUUAUAUAUGUAUAAAUAUA